AUGGCCAAUAAAUUUGACUAUCCUCUGUUUGUGCUUUAAAAAUCAUUUUCUAGAAACACAAUAUUCUUUCAUUUUAUUAUCACUCGGAUGUUUUCAAACAUGUCGAAGUUUUACGCGUUCUUGAUGAUUCUACAGGUCUAUACACAAGUGGCGCACAGUUUUUUGUACUGGCACCAUGGCUGGGAUGAGAAUUACAAUUCUUCAAUACCACUUUCUUCACCUGAGGAAUGUGCACGGGAUUGCCAAGAUGACGAGCCACCUAAAAAUUGUUACUAUUCUUUCCACAUUGAAUUCUAUACAACGGUUGGGCCUGCUUGCGACUCAAAAGAAUUCCAGUCGCAAUGUAUUUACGCAGAUGGAUUGGAGAAGACGUUAAUACCAAUUAAUCGUCAAUUACCAGGGCCGAAAAUUGAGGUGUGUGUGAACGAUCGUAUUAUAGUUGAUGUGAAUAAUGCGGCCCCAGGAUUGGAAAUCACGUUGCAUUGGCAUGGGAUCUUCCAAAAUGGUUUUCAAUAUUACGAUGGUGUUCCUUAUGUUACACAAUGUCCAAUUCCAUCGUCAACGACGUUCAGAUAUGAUUUUGUAGUGGAAAAUUCGGGUACCCACUUCUACCAUUCUCAUAUGUCAACGCACAUGCUAGAUGGACAAUACGGAGCUCUCAUUGUCAAAGAUCCACCAAGUAAAGAUCCUCAUCGCGAUGAGUACGACGAUGAACUUAUAAUAUUCUUAAGUGACUGGACACAUGAGUUAUCGAUGGAACGUUAUCCUGGUUGGUAUAGACAUGAUGUAGGACAGACUGCGAAGAACAUACUCAUAAAUGGCUUAGGAAAUUGGACGGAUCCAGAUACUCAGCAGACCACCAAUGGAAGUCUGACAGUAUUUACAGUUCAGAAAGGAAAACGGUAUAGACUCCGAAUAAUCAAUUCAUUUAGCACGGUAUGUUUGGCAGAACUUUCAUUUGAGAACCAUACGUGCGGUGUGAUAGCUCAAGAUGGAGCGAACGUGAAAAUGAAAACGGUGUCGAAACUAAUCUCAGCUGCAGGUGAACGCGUGGAUUGUAUUUUAAAUGCAAACCAAAGCGCGAGCGCUUAUUGGAUACAAGUGCGUGGUCUCGGCGAAUGUAGAGACAAGCGCGUACAACAACUCGCUAUCUUAAGAUACGAAAAUGGUCCCGUGCGGCCACCGUCACCUCCUCCUUCAUACGAUAAUAAUGCAGCUGGUAUUGUAUACAAUCCAUUGAAUUCAACAAAUUGUAAUACGAACGAUACAACAACUUCAGUGUGUGUUAAUCAGGUGCAAUCUGUGAAAAGGGACACUGAACUCUUGAAAGUUGAACCUGAUGAGCGGCACGUAUUACCUUUUUGGUUCUACAAUUAUACUCAGUACGGUGACAGAACAUUGUUCUCCGCCAAUACGUAUAAAACAUUUUUUGAUGCAACUGAUUAUUCUCAGCUUAUUUCUACAUUUAAUGAGAUCGCGUAUGAGAAUUCAGCAUCGCCUCUGCUCUCACAAACCAGUUCCUAUCAAACUGUGUGCAAAAAGAACCAACUUAGUAAUUGCGUCCAACCUUGCACGUGUGCACAAGUUAUCAGUGUGAAACUGGGUAACGUCGUGGAGCUAGUGAUAUACGAUGCAGUACCACUAACAGACCUGCACCAUCCGUUCCAUUUGCAUGGUUACGAAUUCAACGUAUUCAGUGUAGGACAGUUCAACGACAAUAGAAACAUUUCGAGAGAUGACAUCAACGAAGUAAUACAGAUACACACGGAACGUCUUCGAAGAGGAGAGUAUAAGAAUCCACCUGGUAAAGAUACUGUUAAAAUUCCAAUGGGUGGAUAUGCAAUCAUACGUUUCAAGGCAGAUAAUCCAGGGUGGUGGUUACUUCAUUGUCACUUUUCUUGGCACCAUAUUACCGGAAUGGAGUUGGUUAUUCGCGUAGGAGACGACUACGAUAUGCCACCAGUUCCAAGAGAUUUUCCGAAAUGCAAUAAUUGGAAACCAGCGUUGCACACUUUGAACGAUUUCUACGGUUUCAGAUAUCCGAAACCUUAUUAAUCAUUUAUUUCUAUUGUAAUACAUUCUGGAAAAUUAUAAAUACACCUUUUCCAGAAUAUUUUCGUGUAUUCUCUAUUAUUUUAUUAGUAUCUAGGAAACAACUUGCACCCCAGUAAU